AUGGCAGAUAAGAGGCUGGUUCAUAGGAGAUGUCAAUCAGCGUGGAUAGUUAGCGCCGAUAUUCUGCCUGGCCUGUUCAUUGGCAACUUUAAAGAUGCCCGAGAUGUAGAGCAAUUGAGUAAGAAUAACAUUACGCACAUUCUUUCAAUCCAUGACAGUGCCCGCCCUAUGCUUGAGGGAAUGAAGUAUCUCUGCAUUCCUGCUGCUGACUCACCCUCACAGAACUUGGCAAGGCAUUUCAGAGAGAGCAUCAAAUUUAUCCAUGAAUGCCGGCUUGCAGGUGAAGGCUGUCUAGUUCAUUGCCUCGCAGGUGUCUCCAGGAGUGUGACGCUGGUCGUUGCCUACAUCAUGACCAUCACAGACUUUGGUUGGGAAGACGCUCUGUGUGUUGUCCGAGCAGCGAGAUCCUGUGCAAAUCCUAACAUGGGCUUCCAGCGGCAGUUACARGAGUUUGAAAAACACGAUGUUGAUCAGUUCAGGCAGUGGCUGAAACAAGAAUACGGAGAAAAUUCCUGUCAAGAUCUGCAAGAAGCCAAAAGUCUUCUGAGCAAAUACAAAGAGCAGGCAGAGUUGCAGCAGAGUACUGGGGGAAGACAGUGGAAUAACAACUUCUCAUCUAUGUCAUCUCUCUCAUACAACAACUACACAACAGAGACCUAAUCAUAAAAAGUUAAAUAUGUUUUUUGUUUUUGUUUUCUGUUGAAAAACAUCUCGCCAUCCUACCUUCAAGACUCCCAGCAGUAAUCAUGCAAACAGUCAAUUUGUAGAAAGCUUCUCGAUGACAAUACUACGUUAUAUGUGUGUGUGUGAGUGCAUUUGACACAAUUUUAUCAUUUGGACAGCAUCAAGCUCUAUGUGUGCUCAGAAACAUGAUCAGGUUCCUGAGGCUGAGCCAGUCUAUCAGCCACAGCUAUUACCCCUUACACCCAUGUAGCUUGGCAUUUGCCAUGAGAUCAGCUCAGCCCCUUUUGUUGCAGGCUAGCAAAGGGCUCUGAGAAGCGAGCUCUGGUGAUUCAAGCUGUGCAGUUUUGACAUUUGUGCCCUGUUCAUGAAGAUGCUGUUGUUUCCCAAAGAAAGGCAUUUGAGCCUGUGUCUCUGCUGCUCCAGUUCAGUGUCCACUGGCAAAUAAUAUCCUGAAGACGGGCUUGUACCUGCAYGCUGAGCUCUGAACUGGAGCAGGUGAGAUAUGGGUGCAUGUCCCUCUCUAUCAACAGCAGCAGCUAGGGGAGAAGUGGGACAGACAGCUCUGAGUAAUAACAUCUUCAACUGCCACAGUUGUGCUUGCUUCAGUGCACGUGAGACAGAGCUGUUGGCAGAAGCGGCGCCGCCGGAGAGCACGGAGACUGUUAGCAGGGCUCAGCUGACGUGCACUGAUUGCAGCCCUGGCCGCUUGAUUGUGCAGCUGGUCUCCCAACACAAACUCCCCUGGAGAGGAGUUCUUCAGGUUUCCAGUGCCACUGAACAGCGUUCCCUGUGGAACACGUGCCUCUCCCACACACACCUGUGUGCACAGGGUAACAUGUCUCCAAAGAGUGGGCUGGGUGUGAGUGUGAGCACCUGUUUCUUCGCUUGUGGUUUGCUCUUUGACUUUAGCUACCUCAAAAAUGCUGUUCUUGUCAUUGUGGUUGUAAAUGCAACCUUGAAAAUUGCCUUGUGUAAUUUUAAUUUCACUCUGAGUGAAGCGUGCGUGUGUCAGAGAGGCYCUGUGUGUGUGUGUGUGCACAUGUAUUUUUCACAAAUGUCUGUAUUUGAGAAGUUUAUUGUUUCCUUUUAAAACUAUCCAUAUUUCUCACUAGUUUAAAAAAUCAGAUGUUUAAAUUUAACUUCCUGCCAUUUUAGAACCACUAUAUGUUUUGCUGUGGUCAGAUUUAUAGCAAUUCAUAUGCAGAAUAUAUUUUAAAUUAGGGGCCAUUCUCUGGUCUUGUUAACAUGGCGUAUAUCUGGAAUGGAGCCAUUGAGUGACUUAAAUGUGUUAUGUUUCAAAGACUGUAGCUUCAAAUUAGAGAUUCUGGGAAGUGUAAUGAUUUCUGAUGGGGUAAUGGAGGGUAGCAUUAAUGCCACAGUCUUGGUCUCUUGUCUUUGACUCUGAAGAUGAAGAGUUUAUUUUUCUUGAAGAUUCAAAAAAAAAAAACCCAAACAGCCAUAUUAAUAAAUAAAAAAGUCUAACUUUUUAAAUGUAUGGUGUAUAUAGUGCUAAAAAUUGAGUAUUGAGACUGUGAGGCAGUCAACACACUAAACAGACUGUUGUCAUCUCUGUCAGUACUGUUGGUACUCCGACCUUCCACCUUUUUACUAAAUUCCUCUUAMGAUUUUUUGUUUCUCUUUUUCCCAUCCUCACUUUGAAUGACAGUGAAUUCUUUGAAUGUGAGCGAGGCUUUUUAGGUCAAAUAAGCCUUAGCCUUGUUAAAAAUCUUCCAAAAUUUAUUUUAGAUCAUGCGGAAUAUGGAUGUAACAAGUCUGUUAUUGCCAAAAGCUUAAAAAAAAAAAAAAAAAGAAUAAAAAGGGGAUGGAACUAGCCUUACUAUUUUAUCUGAUCCCAGCUGUAUUGUAAUUCUCAUUGCACUAAGUGCUCUCAUUAAGUGUAUCGGGCACGGUUGAGAGGAGGAUAAUUAUAUAUGUGUUGCAGCAGGAGAUGCUGUUGGCUUGGGAAAGGCACUGGAGGUUACGCUGUGUUUAUUUCCAAGCUUAUGGCUCAAUGAAUCACUGCCUGCUUGGGAUGUUCAGCAGACAUGCUCUGUGUCUCUUCAGUGAGAGAAGUUCUUGGCCGCUUUUCCCCCACCCCUUUUCUCUUUUUCCUCUCUCAAAGAUGCUGGUCUGCAAAUCCUUGGCUGUUAAGGAGUUUCAGCGCAGUGGUACCCAAACUGGUAGUGCCCUCUGUGCUUUGUGACAAGGUCACAAGCUUUUUUGGACGCAGUAAAAAAUACUUUUCUCGGUAACAGGGUCGGACACGUGGAUUCAGCGUCCUGUGUCCUCGAGUUCAGGAUGGUGGUCUCUUCGUUCAGCCCUCUCCUCGGAAUGGGAUCCGUGGUGUAAUUUCCGCCCCCGCGCUGCAGGCGGCUGCUCGAGGGAUUCUGCCAAGGCGCUUGUAGGUGUCCAGUCAGGCUGUGCUGUCGCUGACUGACGAUGGUGGUAGGUAGUCCGUAACAUUUUGUCAGUCCUCUUCUGUCCUUGCAGUAGUAAAAUUGUGAAUGCUGAUAAGCUGACUUUUUUUUUUCCCCAUUCUGACAAGUACAGGACAGAACAGGAGACAUCUGUUAAUGUUCAUGUGUCUAGGAUUAUUCUCUGAUGGAUUUUUAUUUUUAAUAGUUAGAUAGCCCCCAAAGAGUCAUUCCCAGAAACAGGCUUUAAGGCUAUGCAGCCACAUCAACAACAUACAUGAUGCUGCUACUGGAGAGCAGAUACAGGGUAAGCCAGGAGGACAGAGGGGUGCCAUAUUGUUAGCAAGUAGGAGCACUUCUCUCUUUUAAAAGAUAAGUAUUUUCUGCAGUUACUUGCUCCUAGAUCUCAUUUAGUUGGCUGUAUAUAUUUGAGUGGUAAAAGAGCAACUGCAUGCUAAGAAACUUGCAUUUGUUCUUGUCUAUGUAGGGAGCAGGAAAGCAGGGUUUACUCCUUYAGCAUCAGUAGCAUCACUACUCCUAGCUGCAGAAGAAACAGCAUCUACAGUUCUCACCUUGGUUUCCUAGAAAAGGAGAGGAGCCAGCAUUGCCCAAGAACAAGACAUGAUCUGUCUUCCAAGCAGCCUUUCAGUGGCAGUUUGUAGGCAUUUGCAGAUAUCUGGAAUAUGACUAGACCCCAGUCCACRUUUUGGUAGUUGGCGUAUAUAGUGUAGGCAACGUGUUCAGUUACUUUGUGUUUCUGUAUUUCAAAACACUGUCCUCAUUUUGAUGUCCACUGGAAAAUGUAUAAAGUUUAUAAUACCUUACUGGAUAUCCAGCUCUGAAAUGUAUAAUCGAUUUUUUGUAAAC